UUCCGACGGAGACAUAUCUUCGCUGUCCCCAGAGAUGCUAAUCCCUUUAGAUUGGAAAGAAGAGAAACUUCAAAAUCAAAAACCCACAACUUUAAAGUCCAUACUAAUCUCAGCAAAGCUCAGGUUUCUCAUCACUGCGUAAUAAGAGGAAAAUGUCCUUUGAACCGGUGCUGAGUUGUCCCACAGUCCCACUUUCCAAUGGUUUGCAGAUACCGAUAGUUGGAUUAGGUGCGUUGUACUUUGGCACAUCACAUUAUGGCGGAUACUCCCAUGAUUCCAUUAUGUACGCACUCACUGAGUGUGGUGUACGCCACAUUGACACGGCAAAGCGCUACAGCUGUGAGGAGAAACUGGGUAAAGCUAUCCGAGAAAGUGGAGUAGUGCGAAGUGAUCUAUGGCUCACCAAUAAACUGUGGCCAGGAGACUACACAUACAAAGCUGCAAAGAAGGCCUGCCUUGACUCCUGCUCACUGAUGGGGGUGGAAUAUUUUGAUCUGUACCUCAUGCAUUGGCCAGAGUCAUCACAACCCCAUUGUUCUAACAGGGAGAUGAGAGCUGACACCUGGAGAGCUUUGGAAGAACUUUACAAAGAAGGGGUGUGCCGUGCUAUUGGAGUGAGCAACUUUCUGAUCCACCACCUGGAGCAGUUAAAGGAAGACAGUAGUGUGAUACCACACGUUAACCAGGUAGAGUACCAUCCUUUCCAGCAGCCCAAUCACCUGAUGGAGUACUGUCGUCAGGAAGGUAUCGUGUUUGAGGGGUACAGUCCGCUGGCCAAGGGUCAAGUCCUCAGUAAUCCCACUGUUCUCCAGAUAGCAGAAAAGCACAGAUGUACACCUGCUCAGAUCUGUAUCCGCUGGAGUAUUCAGAAUGGAGUUGUCACAAUACCAAAAUCCAUCAAAAAGAAGAGGAUACAAGAAAACUGUCAAGUGUUUGGGUUCCAGCUGGAGGGGGCGGACAUGGCCGCAUUGGGAAGACUGCAUGAUGGAAGACACGUUACUUGGGAUCCAACAAAUGUGGGAUAAGAAUAUACAAAAAACAAAAGAAAAGAAAACACAAUGUGUUUUUCCUGGAACUAAUUUAGUCAGAAAACAGCUGGCUUAAGAACUAAUUUUGAGAUUGUAAUAAGGUUUUAAUUAGUUCUUUGUUCAUUAUCUUUAGGUGUCAGUUUGCCUGAGGAGGGGACUCAACUAUGAUGUGAAGUUCAUUCAUUUCAACUGCCUCUUGUGGAAAAGCACACAAGUGCUUAAAUUCUCAAGUGCCUUACUUUAUAGAGACUCCUACUUUUUACAUUAAGCAAUAGAUGGUGCUACAAUCAUAAGUAAAACAGGAAAGUAUUUAUGAUGACUUUUGUAAAAAAAAGAAUAAUUUCUAAAUAAAUAUUUGCCUUUGCAGAAAGA